UUUGCCUUUACACAAAAUGCGGCUGGUUGUCAGCCUUUUACAAGCAGGAACGUUAUUUCUUUCCUAUGCCAAAGACUGACUGCGUUUGCUCUCCUGCUUUACUUCUGCCGUGGAGGAAAUUUAAGCAAGAACAUGUAUAGUGAAUUGCUAAAUUCAACCGGUACCACUGAAGCUCACCUUAUCAUUCAGACCAACACGCCCUACCUGAGCGGCACACCGAGACCCGUGAGCUCCUCCGCUUUUUACAUGUCGACAGCCAGGGUGUUAAAAGAAGGGGAAAUAAAUAAGCCAGACCUGGUGACUUACAUCAUUCUGUUUUUCUUUCUGCUCUUGACUGUGACGCUCAUUGUGCUCUUCAUAAACUGCCAGCUGAAAAAUUCUUUUUUUGCUACUCUUCCUUACGACAGAUCGCUCAGAGAAGCGAGGAGCCCGUGGAGGACACAAGCUGUCUGACACUAGAGAGCAACUAUGUCUUACAACAGUAGCAGGCACCAGAAACCCUGGGCAAUAAGGCGUUAUUGCCAUGUGUCAGUGAAUGGAUGUGACCCUCUUUAGAGUAAUAGCCUGCAUCGCAGGAAAAGAUUGCUGAAAAAUAUGCUGUACGCAAAUCGGAAUGGCUGUAAAUAAAAAGCUCUGUUAUGAACUGAAGAGAGAACGCUUUAGCAAAUUUAUACAGUUUUAUGCAAAAAAUUGCCCCAUGAUUCCAGAUUAAGCUCUAUAUGUAUGCAAAUGUCAUCAUCCACCCAUUCAGUGUCCAUACAAGGAUAUUUGCAUUAACAACAGUCUCUGAUUUGGGCAUCUGGUGGAGCUUGUUACCCGUGUUUAUGAAACCAUAGCAUCAAAUGUAAAAAACACAGUAUAUUUACCUAACAGCUCCACGCUGAGGAUACGAGUUUACUUUCCAGACCCAUUUCUCUCAACUGCUGCUGAAACUGCGUGGUAAUGCAGUGGGAGCCCUGCCAGGCAGGAGGAGAAAACAAAAAAAAAAUGUUUAUUUAGACUUUUGAUUGUGAUUAUGUUAAGGGUGUUUUUGAUAGUUCACUGCAUCAUCGAUCAGGUUUUAAGUUACCGGUUAUGUGAAACACUAUAUACCUAAAGAAUUUGUUUUCAACUUUCUUAAGUUACAAAGGAAAUUAUUCACCACAGCAUAAAACCAAAAUAAUCAGGAUGGGGAGAAGGAAGGAGAGAAAAUAAAUAUCAUUAAUAGUAUGUAAACUAAUGAAAGGGGAGAGCAGAGUGCUCCGAGUUCAGUACAAAAAGUAGAUAACUUCUGAAAGCCAUAAACUACAGUUUUAUAGGAAUAGUUGCUUUAAUGCACAAUAUCCCCACUCCUUGCUCUUUAUAUAAAUCUAGCACAAUUAGAAGCAUGCUUUGUCAAUACGGCAACAGCUUGAUUCAACACUGAUCACCGGCAAAAACCACCAUUUUCAAUUAUUAGCUAUCCGAUUUUGUUCCAAAAGCUUCUGCUGAACCUUGUUAGCUGACAUGCUAUUUUAUAGAAGCUGAUUUCUAGUAAACUUGCAGUUACAGCACAAUUCCAGAUCAAACUGCAUGAACCCCAGAACAGUAUUUGUGUUUCCCACAAACAGUGGGCAAAGGGCUUGCUUUUUUUUUUUUUUUGACCCCAGUGGCUCAGCAUACAACUGAAUUGCAGCUAUCCAGAAACAGAGUCCUAAACCCUAUUUUAGCUCCAGUUUUUUGCUAGUGGACCAUCUAUCAGAAGAACGGGGUUCCAGUUGUGUCAGAUGCUGUGCCCCUAAAUCCGUUCUUAACAUGCGGAGUACAGCAGAGGUGCUGUGUGUAUGUAUGUACAUAACUUAUUUAAUCCAAAUGAGGAGAUUUUACAAUGCAACUACACGCACAUACAGGCUUGCACUUGAGCACACAGACAAAACGUGUAUAUACAGGAGCCUGUUUGCAAGUUGUUUUUUUACACAGAAACUGCACAGUUGAUAACACUUCCAUGUCAUUGUCUUGGUUACCAUGUUUUAUUAUGCUCCAGUAAGUUGAACUACUAUAUAACAGGCUUAAAUAUUUUAUUCCUCGAUAGGUGGCCAAUUUUUAUCUCCUCUGAACCAAAUUUAACUGGUGUAAUUCCAAGUAAUUACUCUAAUGUAGAAAGCGAGAUUAAAUUCAAGUGUGUUUAUCUCAGCCCUUUUUGAAUAAAUCAAGUUUUAUCAAA